ACCGAUUUUCACGUGAGUCCCAAAACCGAUAGCGGAACAAACAAGGGGCUAAACUGCAAUAAGAACUUUCCCCUCGGAACUCACCGGCUGGCGGCUGCAGGGUCGACUUCAAUACUUCAUCCAAGCUCCAUUUUCUCUGAGGAAGCGAACCUUCCCUUUCCCCAGGCACAGAUCCGGCUCUCCGCCGCCGCUAUGGCCGCUCGCCGCCUCCUCCUGCUCCUCGCCGUUGUCGCCGCGUCCCUCCUGGCUGCCGACGCGCGGCCGUGCCACGGCUUCCUCGUCGCCAUCCCGUCCGAUCCCAACCCCGACCCCAGCAGAGGCUACGGCGCCGUCAACCGCCACCUCGGCGCUCCCCACGUCGCCACGGUCAUCACCGUCUUCCGCGUGCGCCGCCUCGGUCCACACGUCCCCCACGGCCACCGCAACCACCACCACCUCCAUUCUAUCCCCGCCAACGUUCAGAUCCAUCGCCCCGAUCUCCUGCACCCCGCCACGGCCGCGGCCGCCGGGCCCCAGGAGCGCGUCAGGGACAUACUCGUGGUGGUCGUGGGGCUCCUCUUCGGCCUCGCCUGCGGCGCGCUCACCGCUGCCUCCGUGUACCUCGUCUGGUCCAUGGUCGCCGGCGCCGCCGCGGCUUCCCCGUACGACGAGCUCUAUGAGGACGAGGACGAGUCGUCUGACACCGAGAGCCCCAAGAAGGUCGGAUACGUCAUCAUCCAGGAGCUCGAGGUGCAUGAAGGCGGUAAGAAGUAGGCCCAGAUCUAGUGGCGUUCGUGCUCCCGGCUCCCGGGUGCUAGGGCAAGUUCCUGUAGUGGGAUGACCUAUUGCCAUAUGAUUAUGUGUUGAGUGAAUCUUAAUGUCUGUAUGACUAUGUAGUGGGUGGCUGGGACUUGGGAGCCUUAGGGUUUUGCCCUCCAUGUGAAUAUAUGAUCGUGAAGCACGCUUAAGCUACGAAAUGUGUUUGUUUCUGAUGAACUUAUCAAUCAAUUUCAUGCGCCAUUGUGAAAUGUUCUUCUCAAA